AAGUCGACCCGCCCCUUCGCUCGGGGGCCGGAGGGCACACGAGCGAGAGCCAUGGCUUCCUCCUCUCCCAUAUCCGCUGCGGCGACCACGGCGGCGGCGACGACGACGUCUCCUUAUCUCUCCCCCGCUCCGCACCUCCGUCUCCGCGUCGGCUCUUCCGGUGGCUGCCCGAGGGCCACCCUGCGAACCCGCCCCAUCGCGGGACGACGCUCGUCAUCCGGUCUCCGCGCUUCUUGCCGCCUCCCCCCCUCUCCUCUCCAGCGGACAUGCUCACUUUUUAGUGAAAAGAAGAAGUCACUUGCUGCUACAAAAUGCAGUCAUGGAGUAGCUGUUACAAAGCUUUCUCCUAGACACAUGUAUCCUAUAUCUUGCUUCCGAGCACACAAUAGAUGUGGGAAUUUCUGGAAGAGAUACACACCAGGCUUCUUUGUGGACACAUCAUCCUGUCAGUUUCAGAGACAUUUAUUUGGGAGUAGAUCAGUGAAAUUGGCACAUGUUUCACAUGCUUUAGGCCCCGAGGAACCACAUGUUGCAAGUACAUGGUCAGAUACUGUGCUUGAGAAGCCAGGUUUAAGUUUCUUGGAUCUGGAAUCUGAAAAAGCAGAACUUGAAGGAUUUCUAAAUUCUCCACUUCCUUCUCAUCCAAGACUUCACCGAGGACAACUCAAAAAUGGUCUUCGAUAUAUUAUUCUUCCAAAUAAAGUUCCAGCAAACAGGUUUGAGGCACAUAUGGAAGUUCAUGUUGGAUCUAUUGACGAGGAAGAGGACGAGCAAGGCAUUGCACAUAUGAUUGAGCAUGUGGCAUUUCUUGGUAGUAAAAAGCGUGAAAAACUUCUUGGAACUGGAGCCAGAUCUAAUGCAUAUACGGAUUUCCACCACACGGUGUUUCACAUUCAUUCACCGACUACUACAAAGGACUCUCAUGCAGAUUUAGUUCCAAGUGUGCUCGAUGCUCUUAAUGAGAUUGCUUUUCACCCUAAGUUUCUUCCAUCCCGUGUUGAGAAGGAGAGGCGAGCUAUUCUUUCAGAAUUGCAAAUGAUGAACACAAUAGAGUAUCGUAUUGAUUGCCAGUUGCUUCAACAUUUGCAUUCAGAAAACAAACUAAGCAAAAGAUUCCCAAUUGGUUUGGAAGAGCAAAUCAAGAAAUGGGACCCAGAGAAAAUCCAAAAGUUUCAUGAGCGAUGGUAUUUUCCUGCAAAUGCUACAUUGUACUUAGUAGGUGAUAUUGAUGACAUCCAGAAGAUAGUCACUCAAAUUGAGUUUGUCUUUGAAGGAACUCUUGCAAAGAAUGAAACAGAAAAUGUUAAUACUCCCAGUAAGUUUGGUGCCAUGGCUAGUUUUCUUGUUCCGAAGCUGCCUGGUGGCCUUGGUGGAGGUCUUUCUAAUGAAAGAUCUUCCAUUUCGUUUGAUCAACCAAUGUUGACAAAAAGAGAGAAGCAGUCCGUCAGGCCUCCUGUGGAACAUCAGUGGUCACUUCCAGGACUAGGUCACAAUGCUAAGCCUCCAGAAAUAUUCCAGCAUGAGUUGGUUCAGAAUUUCUCAUUAAACAUGUUUUGCAAGAUUCCUGUGAACCAAGUUUGCAAAUAUGGAGACCUGCGAGUUGUCUUGAUGAAAAGAAUAUUUUUGACAGCUUUGCACUUCCGUGUCAACACUCGAUAUAAGAGCUCAAAUCCUCCAUUUACGUCAAUUGAGUUGGAUCAUAGUGAUUCAGGAAGGGAGGGAUGCACUGUUACCACUCUUACUGUGACAGCAGAACCUAAAAAUUGGCAGAGUGCUGUAAAAGUUGCUGUUCAAGAGGUUCGAAGACUGAAGGAGUUUGGUGUCACGAAAGGAGAACUAACUCGUUACAUGGAUGCAUUGCUGAAAGAUAGUGAGCAAUUGGCUGCAAUGGUUGACAGUGUUCCUUCUGUUGACAACUUGGAAUUUAUUAUGGAGAGUGAUGCUCUUGGUCAUACUAUAAUGGACCAGAGACUGGGACAUGAGAGUUUGGUUGCGGUUGCUGAAACAGUUACACUUGAAGAAGUUAACUCCAUAGGUGCAGAAGUGUUGCAGUUCAUUUCAGACUUUGGUAAACCUACUGCACCACUUCCUGCAGCUAUUGUUGCAUGUGUUCCCACCAAAGUACAUAUUGAUGGGGUGGGAGAAUCAGAAUUUAAAAUCCAUCCUCAUGAAAUCAAUGAUGCUAUAAUAGCAGGUUUGAGGGAACCCAUACAUGCUGAACCUGAGCUUGAUGUACCAAAAGAGCUAAUAAGUGAGUCGUUGCUGAAGGAGUUGAGAGUGCAAAAAAGCCCAUCUUUUGUUCCCAUCUUAAAGGAUGGGAAUUUGACUAAGAUAUUUGACAAUGAAACUGGCAUAACUCAGUGCCGUCUUUCAAAUGGGAUUCCUGUAAACUACAAGAUUACAAAAAAUGAAGCUAGGUGUGGUGUCAUGCGCCUCAUCGUGCGUGGUGGAAGAGCAGCUGAAACAUCUGAAUCAAAAGGAGCUGUUGUCGUAGGUGUUCGAACUUUAAGUGAAGGUGGAUGUGUUGGUAACUUUUCUAGGGAACAGGUAGAACUUUUCUGUGUUAAUCACUUAAUCAAUUGCUCGCUAGAGUCCACCGAGGAGUUCACUGCAAUGGAAUUCCGUUUUACUUUGAGAGAUGAUGGAAUGCGUGCAGCUUUCCAACUUCUUCAUAUGGUACUUGAGCACAGUGUUUGGUUAGAAGAUGCAUUUGAUAGAGCAAAGCAGUUGUAUUUAUCCUAUUAUCGUUCAAUCCCCAAAAGCUUGGAACGUUCAACUGCUUGCAAACUUAUGCUUGGAAUGCUAAAUGCCGAUGAGAGAUUUGUUGAGCCAAGUCCAGAGUCGUUAGAAAAUUUGACACUUCAAUCAGUUAAAGAUGCUGUUAUGAAUCAGUUUGUUGCAGAUAAUAUGGAGGUUAGUAUCGUUGGAGAUUUCACCAAGGAAGACAUUGAAGUCUGCAUUCUUGAUUAUCUGGGUACAGUCAGUUCAACAAGCUCCAAAACUAAGCAGGAUAUUGAACCAAUUACUUUCCGUCCUUUCCCAUCUGACCUGCAUUUCCAACAAGUACACUUGAAAGACACUGACGAGAGGGCAUGUGCAUAUAUUGCAGGCCCAGCCCCAAGCCGUUGGGGAUUCAAUGCUGAAGGAAAAGACCUUUUCAAAUUGAUAAAUCCAUCAAAUAUGAAUGGAGAAAUGCCCAAGACAAAUGAAUCAAUUCUCCUGGAAGAGGAAGCCAUUGAAAAGAAUGUUGAACAAGGUCUUCGAAGUCAUCCCCUAUUCUUCAGCAUUGCCUUGGGCCUGCUAGCUGAGGUUAUAAAUUCCAGGCUUUUCACAACAGUAAGGGAUUCUCUUGGGCUGACAUAUGAUGUAUCAUUUGAGUUAAGCCUUUUCGAUUGGCUGAAUCUUGGAUGGUAUGUUAUAUCAGUUACCUCUACUCCAAGCAAGGUAUAUAAAGCUGUGGAUGCCUGCAAAACUGUUCUCAGAGGUUUACACAGUAACAAGAUAUCCCAGAGGGAGUUGGAUCGGGCGAAGAGGACUCUUUUGAUGAGACAUGAGGCUGAAACUAAAUCAAAUGCUUACUGGUUGGGAUUAAUGGCCCACCUUCAAUCUCCAUCUAUUCCAAGGAAGGAUAUAUCAUGUAUCAAAGACUUAACUUCAUUGUAUGAGCAUGCAACUAUCGAGGACAUAUAUGUUGCGUAUGAGCAUUUGAAAGUUGAUGACACUUCCUUAUUUUGCUGUGUUGGAGUUGCGGGAACUAAUGCAGGUGGUGAUGAUAUGCUCGACAUUGGCGAAGAAGAGUCAGAUGCUGGCCAUCAUGGAAUGAUGCCUACUGGGCGUGGUUUGUCAACAAUGACACGACCAACAACCUAGCCUUUGUUGGAUUGUAUUCACCUGAAAUCUUAGUUAGCUUUCUAUUCUACAGAUUACAGAUUGAUCGAUGAGAGUCCUGUGACCUUCAGGCCAUAGCGUUGCGACCACAAACAUCAUCGUUUGACAAUGACAUGGUCAUGGAGAUUAAUCUCAU